AUGAGUGACUCUCGAAAUUUGCGACGUAUGCCGCAUGGCGAAAGGUGCCCCGAAUGCGGAAGUCAGAGGUAUUAUCUUCAGGAUGGUAUGCGAUACUGCUCCCGCGGCCACCAGAUCGAGGGAUUUAUUCAAUUUGAUCUUGGCGAAGAAGCGGAGGCUGGCAUGAUGGGAACGGUUUCCAAAAAGCAAAAAGCCGUGAGGGAAAAAGAAAGACGACAGCUUACAGGCGAAGCUGGUAAACUUUUGUAUCUUGAAGCGCUCCAGCUUCUGCUGCGCAAGCAACUCCUAUGGCUCAUCAAGGAAAAGGGACACAGGGAAGAACUGGAGACUGUCGUCCGUGACUUGUGGGAUUUACGCAUCCGCGGCGCGACAGCGCUGAGCCAGGGCGCGGCUUCAGGCGCGGCUUCGGAAGAAGUAUUGGAGGUUUUUAGCUCUCAGCCGACAGUUGUCGAAUCAACGCAACUGUGGUCUUCGCGAUCGAAAGCGCAAGACUGGAGCGCUGAGCGUGGGCUUAGCUGGCCGACACCAAGCAUGGGCGACACGCUGGCGCUGUGCUACCUGGGCUGCUAUCUAUUGAGGAUACCAACGCGCCUAGGCGAGUUGAUCAAGUGGGCAAAUGAUUUCACUUUCCCGUACAGACAUUCUUUCCAGCAAUUACCCACUGAGAUGCAAGAUCGAAUGCCAUCGGUUUACAUCAAGAUAUUCAAGACACCCAUACGAUCUCCCUUGGAGGGUGCUCAAGUAUACUCAACAGUCAUGGACUUAGCUUGCUCUUACUAUCGCAAUUAUAACAUGGUAUUCCCCGAUCUAAACUACAUGCCACUGUUGUUUCAAUACGCCAAGCAACUAGCGCUACCAGUGGAAUCCAUUGUUGCUGUACGGCGGAUUUGCGAUGUCCUUGGCUAUCGCUUUCAUUUGCCAGUACAAAAUACCCGAGUAUAUCCUCUUCACAAUCCAGAGAUCAGGCUCAUCGCCUUACUCAUUGUCGCUACUAAGCUAUGCUUUCCGUUUAACGGUGGCAGCCCACUGACUGUAUCCGAUGAUGGUCUGACACUACCAUCCUUUGAUUGGACUAGUUGGCAGUCGGCCAAAGGUCAGCCGAGUCCAGAUAAGCCACGCAGUUUUGACGGAGUGACGCCGAGCGACGUAGCCACCAUGACAGACGACGAUCUAGAUGCAUAUUUCCGUCAUAUUGCAAGUUUCUUGGAGAAAAAGAAUACAAACCCAGUCACAGAAUUCUUUCCAGUUGAGCCGGAGCCAGUACCUGAUCCUGUUCGUGCAGAGCCAACCGCCGAAGAGGUGGAUGACAUGGCGCGCACAGUGCUGCAAAGCGCUGUGGGAAUGCCAGGUACGGAGGUUCCCAAUAAAUUCAUAUACGAAGCAUAUCGAAAGGUCGAUGACCUCCCGCCGACAGCCAAACUUUUUUACAAUGCUCUUAGUUCCGCAGCCGAAGUCUCACUCGAGACCACGAAAUCAGUAAAGAUGCAGAUUUUCGUGAAGACCCUGACGGGCAAGACCAUCACUCUUGAGGUCGAGUCCUCGGACACCAUCGACAAUGUCAAGUCCAAGAUCCAGGACAAGGAGGGCAUCCCCCCUGACCAGCAGCGCCUGAUCUUUGCUGGCAAGCAGCUCGAGGAUGGCCGCACCCUGUCCGACUACAACAUCCAGAAGGAGUCUACCCUCCACCUGGUCCUCCGCCUCCGUGGUGGUAUCAUUGAGCCCUCCCUGAAGGCUCUUGCCUCCAAGUUCAACUGCGAGAAGAUGAUCUGCCGCAAGUGCUACGCUCGUCUCCCUCCCCGUGCCACCAACUGCCGCAAGCGCAAGUGCGGACACACCAACCAGCUCCGCCCCAAGAAGAAGCUCAAAUAG